AUGGCGAGCUCGACUUCCCUCGAGACCAUGGUCCCAUCGUCCUGUUCCCGGACCGGAGCCUCCACUGCCACGUCCAAAACCUUGGCCUUCUCCAUCGAGAGGAUCAUGGCCAAGACUUCGGAGCCCAAGACCCCCUUCGAGCCCCGGGGACCGGGGGGCCUGGAGGUGGACGGGGGCGCCAAAAAGAUGCUCAGCCUUUGCUCGUCCUUGCCUUGCAUGAUCCCCAUCCAGCCGCUGGGCUACGAAAUGCCGUCCAAGGCUCUGCUCAACUACACCGAGCUUUGGAAGAGUAGCCUCCGGGGCGGCGGCGGCGGCGGAGGCGGAGGUGGUGGCGGUGGGGGCAGCGGGGGAGCCCAGCUCUGCGGUGCCAGCGGCUUGUGCAAAGCCAACUGCGGCAUGUGCUGCAAAGCGGAGCUGAGCCUGGCCCCGUCCGUGCUGCCCACCGGCAGGGUCAUCAAGCCUCAGGUCAUCAACCAGGCCGUGGGGCUGCCGGCCAACGGCUCCCUCUAUUACUUCAAUUACCUGGAGUCCUCGGCGUAUCCGCCUUCGGAGCUGCUCAAUGGGCACCUCUUCCCCUCCAGCAUCCUCAACUCCCAGUCCCCGGCGUCCCUGGCCACCCACCAGAAACUCUUCCUGUUGGAGAACGCCAAGCUGGCCACGUUGGCCGCGGACAAAUUCCCCCAUCCCCCUUACCCCCACAAAGAGCGCCUGCCCGGGCAGCUGGACCAGGUGAUGAAGGAGAACACAGCACUGACGGCAGAGCGCAACGGGGCCAAGAGUCACGGUAAACUGGCCGCGAGCUCCGCUGACGGCAAGCCCAAGAACUUCACCUGCGAAGUGUGUGGCAAGGUGUUUAACGCUCACUAUAACCUCACUCGUCACAUGCCGGUCCACACGGGAGCCAGGCCGUUUGUCUGCAAAGUCUGCGGGAAGGGCUUUCGGCAAGCCAGUACCUUGUGCAGACACAAAAUCAUCCACACCCAGGAAAAACCUCACAAAUGCAACCAGUGCGGCAAAGCCUUUAACCGGAGCUCCACGCUUAACACGCACAUCCGAAUCCACGCGGGCUACAAGCCUUUCGUCUGCGAAUUCUGCGGGAAAGGGUUCCACCAAAAAGGAAACUACAAAAAUCACAAACUGACCCACAGUGGAGAGAAACAGUACAAGUGUACCAUCUGCAACAAGGCCUUCCACCAGAUUUAUAACUUGACUUUUCAUAUGCACACCCACAAUGACAAGAAGCCUUUCACGUGUGCCACUUGUGGGAAAGGAUUUUGCAGAAACUUUGAUCUAAAGAAGCACGUGAGGAAACUCCACGACAGUGUGGCCGCAGGAGCCCCUUCCACGAAGGACUUGCCCCGGACUGUGCAGAGCUGA